AGGUGGCGGCGGUUGGAAUUCAAAAGUGGCGGGUGUGGCACCCGGCUGGUAGCCCCCCGGAGCCCGGAGCGCGCGUGCUUUGUGUCGCGAGCCGGCGAGAGAACGCGGGUCCCGGGAGCCCGGGCGCCGUGUCCUCUUCCAUUGUGCUCCCCUGGCGCGUGUGGUACGGAACUGGACAUGGAGCCGCAGAGGUCCCCCUUGUUGGAAGUGAGGGGGAACGUAGAGCUGAAGAGGCCCCUGGUCAAGGCUCCUUCUCGGCUGCCUCUACCGGGAACCAGGUUUAAGAGGGGGCCUGACCAGAUGGAGGAUGCCUUAGAGCCUGAGAAGAAAAGGACACGAGGACUGGAUACAGUGACCAAAAUUGCCAUGUCCCACCCCAGAGCACCUGCCCUCACUGCAAGACCACAGACACAAGGCCAGACCACAGCUCCAAAAGUUCCCAAGAAUUCAGGACCCCGAUGUUCUACGGCUAUUGCCACAGUGUUGAAGAAUCAGAAACCAGGCCCUGCCGUUCCUGCCCAGAAGCCUGCAGCGGCUGCCCCUCCCAUGGUGGGAGGGAAGAAACCCACCAAACGUCCGGCCUGGGACUUAAAGGGUCAGUUAUGUGACCUGAAUGCCCAGCUGAAGUGCUUCCGUGAGAGGACUCAGACUUUGAACCAGGAGAACCUACAACUGCAGGACCAACUCGAGGAGGCCCAGCAACAGGCCCAGGCCCUGGGGGCAGAGUGCAGGACACUGGAAGGGGAGUUGGCCAGGCUGCAGGCCCAGGCUGAGCAGGGUCAGCAGGAGUUGGGGAACCUCAGGGCCCAUGUCCUGGAGCUGGAAGAGCAGCUGGGCACAAAGGAAGGCUUGGUGCAAGAGCUCCAGAAAGAACAGUUGGGAUUGCAGGAGGAGCGAAGGGGACUGGCCGCCCGGCUGGAGGAGCAGGAGAGGAGGCUGCAGGCCUCAGAAGCAGCUCUGUCAGGCAGCCAAGCGGAGGUGGCAUGUCUGCGUCAGGAGGCUGCAGCGCAGGCGGCCGCACUGGUGGAGCAAGGAGAACGUCUGCAUGGGCUAGAGAUGGAGCGCCGGCGACUCCACAACCAGCUACAGGAACUCAAAGGCAAUAUCCGUGUGUUCUGCCGGGUCCGCCCUGUCCUUCCAGGGGAGCCCACCCCGUCCCCAGGCUUCCUCCUGUUUCCCUCUGGCCCCGGCGGGCCCUCCGAUCCUCCAACCCGCCUCAGUGUCUCCCGGUCUGACGAUCGUCGUGGGACCCUGAGUGGGGCGCCGGCCCCCACCACCCGCCACGACUUCUCCUUCGACCGGGUAUUCCCACCAGGGAGUGGACAGGACCAAGUGUUUGAGGAGAUUGCCAUGCUUGUCCAGUCAGCCCUGGAUGGCUACCCAGUGUGCAUCUUUGCCUAUGGCCAGACAGGCAGUGGCAAGACCUUCACCAUGGAGGGUGGGCCUGGGGGAGACCCCCAGGUGGAGGGCCUGAUCCCUCGGGCCCUGCGGCACCUCUUCUCUGUGGCCCAGGAGCUGGGCGGUCAGGGCUGGACCUACAGCUUUGUGGCAAACUACGUAGAGAUCUAUAAUGAGACUGUCCGAGACCUGCUGGCCACGGGGACCCGGAAGGGCCAGGGCGGUGAGUGUGAGAUUCGCCGGGCAGGGCCGGGGAGUGAGGAGCUCACUGUCACCAAUGCCCGCUAUGUUCCUGUGUCCUGUGAGAAAGAGGUAAGCACCGAGGGGCACUGGGACUGGAGAAUGGGGAGGAGCAGGCAGGGUGGCACAGGAUGUAGGUGGACGGAGGAGGGACCAGGAGAGAGCGGAAGGAUAGGGGAAGGGUGGGUUGCGUCGAGGUAG